AACUCAGACAGCCAGAACCUGAGGAACACAGAGUACCAUCUCUUAAGAACACAAGGAAGACAAAGAAAUUCUAAGUCCAGUAGACUGAAAAAUGGACCCCAGCAAGUCCCCUGCCCAGUGGAAUUCAUCUGAGAAACCAGGGAUUUCUCAGCCGACACCACCACCAUACCAGGACCCCAGUGCUGGAUACCCUGCUCAAGGGAGCUAUCCCAUGUCUUCUGGCUAUCCAAGCCAGCCAUAUGGAGUUCCAGGUGGUCAGCCGGUUGCCCAAGGGCCAUAUCCAGGUCAGCCUGUGGUCACUGUACAGCCAACAGUGUAUGUGACCAACACUCCACUGGCCAAUCCACUGCCAGAUUACCUGGGCUAUUCUAUCUUUACCAUGCUGUGCUGCUGUUUACCUCUGGGUAUUGCUGCUCUGAUUUACUCCAUUUCUACUCGGAAUGCUAACAUAUCUGGACAGCAACAAAUAGCAGAGAAAAACUCCAAAACGGCGCGCACCCUUAACCACGCCGCUCUUGGUAUCGGCCUUGCCUUUUUGGUGGUGUAUAUCAUCAUCAUCGUCAUUGUUAAUGUUACCUACUAUAAUAGAUAUUCUCCAUAAAUGUCAGAGGCUUCAUGGUUGGGCACCAGAAAGUGUCCUCAAACAUAGCUUCAAACAUUUUUAUUUUGAUAUAUUUGGUAUUCUGCUUUAAAAUCCUUUUGAAAUCUGCUUUCUCACAAUAUUGUUACAAUUUUGUUCAGACUUCACUUGAGCAGUUUAAUCUAUAGGUUCAGCGAGGACUGAUUCAGUAUGUGUAAUUUAAUUACUCAUCUCCAAUAUAUUGUAAUUCGUGUAAUUAAUGUUCUUCAUUUCAUUUUUGGAUGUAAAAUCAAAUAAAUGUUUGACUGUAUGAGUAAAUGUAUCAAAGUUAGAUGUUUGUUGUUUAAUUAUAUUAUCAUUGCUCAUGAGAUAUGACUCUGCAGUCAGUUUUAUGCUUUUAUGCGCCCUCCAAUAAAAAUAUAUAUGUUUGAACACACAGCUACUUUUGAAUGGUUG